GCCGCCCGCCGGGGGUGAGAUCCCGUGCGGGGGCGGGGCAGGCCCGGCCGCCCAGUUCCUGAUUCUGCAAGCGGUGCCGGGGGCUGCCGGAGCCACAGGCGCGGGUACCGUACGCGGCGAAGAAUGGGCCGGCGCGGCGCGGCGAGCCUGCCCCGAGGCCCCGGCCCGCGGCGGCCGCUCCUCCCCGGCGUCCUCCCGUUGCUGCUGCGGCUGCUACUGCUGGCGGCCCCGCCGGGCGCAGGCGCCGGGGCCGGCCGGCCGCCGCACCUCGUCUUCGUGCUGGCGGACGACCUGGGCUGGAACGACGUGGGCUUCCACGGCUCCAACAUCCGCACGCCGCACCUGGACGCGCUGGCGGCCGGCGGGGUGCUCCUGGACAACUACUACACGCAGCCGCUGUGCACGCCUUCGCGGAGCCAGCUGCUCACGGGUCGCUACCAGAUCCACACAGGUUUACAACACCAAAUCAUCUGGCCCUGUCAGCCCAGCUGUGUCCCUCUGGAUGAAAAACUGCUGCCCCAGCUUCUAAAAGAAGCAGGCUACGCUACCCAUAUGGUCGGGAAAUGGCACCUGGGAAUGUUCCGGAAAGAAUGCCUUCCAACCCGCCGAGGAUUUGAUACUUAUUUCGGUUAUCUCCUAGGUAGUGAAGAUUACUAUUCUCAUGAGCGCUGUACAUUAAUUGAUGCUCUAAAUGUCACACGAUGCGCUCUUGAUUUUCGAGAUGGUGAAGAAGUCGCAACAGGAUAUAAAAAUAUGUAUUCAACAAACAUAUUUACCGAAAGAGCUACAGCCCUCAUAGCUAACCACCCACCAGAGAAGCCUCUAUUUCUUUACCUCGCUCUUCAGUCUGUCCACGAGCCCCUGCAGGUCCCUGAGGAAUACCUGAAACCAUACAGAUUUAUCCAGGAUAAGAACAGACAUCACUACGCAGGAAUGGUGUCUCUUAUGGAUGAAGCAGUGGGAAAUGUCACGGCAGCCUUAAAAAGCCAUGGGCUCUGGAACAACACGGUGUUCAUCUUCUCCACAGAUAACGGAGGACAGACUUUGGCAGGAGGCAAUAAUUGGCCCCUCCGAGGAAGAAAAUGGAGCCUGUGGGAAGGAGGCAUCCGAGGGGUGGGCUUUGUGGCAAGCCCGUUGCUGAAACAGAAGGGUAUAAAGAACCGGGAGCUCAUCCACAUUUCUGACUGGCUGCCGACCCUCGUGACCCUGGCGGGGGGAAGCACCAAUGGCACCAAACCUCUGGAUGGCUUCGAUGUGUGGAAAACCAUCAGCGAAGGAAGCCCAUCCCCCAGAAUGGAGCUGCUGCAUAAUAUCGACCCAAACUUUGUGGAUGUUUCACCAUGUCCUGGGAUGAGCCUGGCUCCACCAAAGGAUGAUUCUUCCGGCCCAGAAUAUUUUGCCUUCAACACUUCUCUCCAUGCUGCUAUUAGACACAGGAAUUGGAAACUUCUCACCGGCUACCCAGGCUGUGGUUGCUGGUUUCCUCCACCAUCUCAAAACAAUGCUUCUGUGAUACCCUCAUCGGACCCACCGACCAAGACCGUCUGGCUCUUUGAUAUUGACCAGGACCCGGAAGAAAGACAUGACCUGUCAAGAGACCAUCCCCAUAUUGUCAAGCAGCUCCUUUCCCGCCUGCAGUUCUACCACAAACACUCAGUGCCUGUGCACUUCCCAGCACAGGACCCACGCUGUGACCCCAAAGACACUGGGGCCUGGGGCCCCUGGGCGUAAGACUUCUUCAGUCCUGGGGUGCCACACCACCUUUCUAUUACAGGUUGGACUUCAGGCCUUUGCUCCUGUAUCUCUGUUCUCAUUUUCUGUCCCAACUUGGGUUCCCCUGGCUUUCUCUUUGUCCUCAAUCAUGCUAAGUUAUCUCAUUGCAACCCCCAGUGCAUUUAAGAAGCUGAUAAAACCUGGAACACUCCUGUUGUUGGCCAGGGUAUGUGUCUGGGGGAGAGGGUGGCCGAGUUCAACCUCUUGUUCCUGAGCCAUGCGACAGCUGGGAACUUGACUUGAAAUAGGAAGUUCUUAUUGAGUCCUGGAGGCUGGAACAGCUGGCUCUUUUUGCCUUGCAAGUCAGAUGUUAGAUCUCCCUCUGCCAAUAGCUGGGUUUUAUUGGAGUGCCUCAUGUUCCUUGUAACAAAUGUAGGGAGCAGACAGUUUUUAAUGGUUCUGUUGGCCAGGGAAUCUCCCUGUCUGUGAGAGAUCAUGUUCAGGCAUUCCAUGUGAAUAACCCCCCUUGGUUCACCCUUCACUCACUCACCCUGUCACUCAUCUCAUCAUGGAGCAUAAGGCCCAUUUCAUACUUAUGGUCAGCAUGGCAAUCAGCCUGCUUUUUGGUUUUGGUUAUUACAGUAAAGAAAUGUGUUUUUAUCCCGUUUUUUUUCCCCCAGCCAUUGCUCAUUUUGUCUAGACUUCCUGCUAUCCCCUCUCCCCAGUGUUUCUUUUCCCAACCUCCUUUUGACUCAGUCAUCCUAUGCCUGGGAAGGCUGCUUUGCCUCUGCACUCUGAGCACCACUGGUUUUUGGAAGACUGCUGUGCCCUGCCUUCCUCUGGCCUCUAAUGCUGAAGCUAGAGCCCUGCCCAGAGAAGGUGAUCAAGUCUGGCUCUGCAGACAUGCUCAUAGUGGACACAAAGGGGCUGGGCGGGUGAUGCUCAGGUCUGUGUCAUCUGUUUGGGGAAGACUUUUGUAAGUUGCCUAGAGUUUAUUGUCAUGGUUGUGGCUUUGUCUCAUAAUGUAUUACAAGUUGCAUGCUAUUCCUUAGCAAUGAGGAGAAACCCCAGGAAAUAGUAACUUUGUCUUGGGAUGUUGGAAAUGGGAAGUUUGAAAGGAAAUGGCCAGCAUCUGAGAUAAUGGGCCUCAGUAAAGAAAAGGAGGCCACAUCCACGUUUCCCUUAUUUUCACUUUUGCUCUUUGUUUUGAGGUUCUGGGGUGGGGGAAAGAGGAUGUGCAGUUGGACCUGCCAGCCCUUUCUUAGUCCCACUCAUGUCCUACUAAUGCAGAUCAAUCCAGAUUAGCUCUCAAGAAUGUCAGACUCUGAGAACUAUGUGCAAAAUCUAUACUCUUUUUCCCAUGAGCUCCACUGUUUUUUUCACUGCUCGUCACCAAUGCCUGGACCUGUGCCUAUUACAAAGAAAUCAGUCGGUACUUUUUUUUUUUUAAUGAAUGAAUGGACAGUUGAACAAAUGAGAAUGUUGCACACCAUGCAAGUGUAGUGAGCUAAACACAUCCUCCAACUGUUGCUUUUCUGUUUCAAGCUGCCCUCCUGGGGUAGGAGCAGAGUAUGCAUAUGUGGAUGGUCACAGACACUCCAUAGUGAAGCCAUAAUGUCCUCUCCAGGGGGGAAAAGGAGAAACACGCCUGCCAAAGAUACUCUUUUGGCAAUAACCCUCCGUUCUAUUUUUCGUAGGACACUAGAAACUAAAACCAGCCGAUAAUGUGUGAUAGGUCCUUGUGUAGUUGUCCUCCAAUUUAGUAGCAAUAUUUUCUGGUCACUACUAAUAUGCAUAGUAGUAAAACAAGAUGAUUGGAAGGAAAUGGUGCUAGAACUAAAGACACGUAUUACCAACCUCUCCCCCACUCCUGGGCUGGCAAACAGCUGGUCAAAAUGCCAUCACCUAGCACCCCCAUACCUGUGGCAGAUACCAUGAACUAACUGAGCCCACAUGUUUCUCUGGAUCCUUCUAAUCCCAGUGUCUGUUAAUACCAAAAGACUAGAGGCCAUCACUACAGGACACCUGUCCGCCCUCCUUGCUCUGCCCCCAAGGCUGCUCCAUUCUAGUCCAUUGGUGGCCAAGUACAACAGGGGUAUUCUACAUUCUGUGGAUUUAAAGGGACUUAUAAAAAUUAGUUGUUGUAAAAUUAUUGUUUGAGAUUUUAUUUUAUCCCUAAUAGAUAGGUUAGGUUUCAUUAUUCUGUGUAAGAAUGUGAAUAGAUUCAUAUUAAUGUUGUUUCACUCCAAAUUCGCUUUGAAGAAAAGUUUUAUUGACUUAAUUGUUUUUCUUUGUUACUACAUGAUUGCCCCAGAUCUGAGGAACAGAAAGUUACUUUAUCCUUUAAGAUGUGUCAGUGGGGAGUUUCCAUUUGAGCGACGAGAACAUUCUGAAACUGGACAGUGGUGCUGUUGGCACAACAUGCCUCUGAAUUGUAUACUUUAAAGUGGUUAAAAUGGGAACUUUUAUGUAACUUUACAAUUUUUUAACACAUUGGCCCAUUUUAUGGUAUGUAAAUUACAUCUCAAUAAAACAAAUAAAUAAACAUAGCAAAAAUAUCA